UGAUAUUCCAUGCCACUAUAUAUUAAAACGUUGGACCAAAGAGGCGAAGAUUAGGCAAAAUCUAGGUGAAAAAUCAAACAGGCUUCAUUAUCGUGUGCAACGAUUCAAUGAUCUAUGCAAGCGGGCCAUCGAAUUGGGUGAAGAAGGUUCUUUAUCUGAAGAAGCAUAGUAUUGCACUAAAAGCAUUGGAAGAUGCCUUGAAAUAUUGUAUGGGUGUGAACAACUCUGGAAAAAGUGUUUCUGAGGCAAGAACACUACCGGUUCAUGGUUUUCUUGAGACUGAAGCAGAGAAUCAUCGGAAUGCUACAACCAAGUCGUCUAAGAAGAAGAAAGCAUACAAAAAGAGAAAGGUUCAGUUUGAGUCGGAAGGAAUAACUAUGGGACAAGACAGCUGCCAGCAGAUGAUAAGCUCAAGAGCAAACACACUAGAUGGUUGUUCUGUUUCCCAGCAGGACAUUCAUGGGAUGGAUGUAAGCUCUAGAACCCCAACUCUUGAUGGUUACAUUGGUGCUCAACAGAAUAUUCAAGGACUGGGACAGUUGAACUCAAUCCCUCCAUUUCGCAGAGGUUAUUAUAACAAUCAACAAAACUUAUCAGGGCUGGGACAGCUACAUUCACUACCAGCCCGUGAUAAUCACUAUGGGAACCAACAGAGUAUGCAGGUGCAGGCUCAUCUUCCCUUUAGAGCAUCGGCCAUGCAGGGUUUUGACAUUCAAGAAGGUUUGCAAGACGAGGACCUGUCCCUGUACUCGACUCAUUUUCAUGGCAUUGCAUCAAAGCAUCUUCAUGAUAACCUCCUAUAAUAGUUGCAAAAGAAGCAUUUCUAUACAUUUAUACGAUGAAGAAGUCGAUAUAAACAGUUUUCAACACAUCAUUGGAUCGGUAGGAUAAGUUAAAGAGUUUAUUCUUUUAGGGUUGCCAACACCUACAGGUAAAGAAUACGACCUUUCUUUUUCCAGUUACAGUUAAAUCCAAGUUGUAAUGCUAUUCAGAUGAUUUUGUGUUAUUGGUAUUCAAUAAUAUUAAUACCAGACACAAAUUUGUAAUAAUCAUGGUGAUCUUUCAAUAAAAUGUUGAAUGUUAAGUUACAGAAA